GCGGGCGGUGGCAGGGCCGGAGUCCGCCGGUGAUGGCAGGCGGCGGCGACGGGCGAAGGAGGCGGCGGGCGGCGGCGUGGGCCGUGGGGCUGGGGCUGUGUGGGGCCGUGCUGGUGCUGGCGGCCGCCGUUCUGCUCCGCGCCCACCUCCGGCCCUCCCCGGCGCUCCCCCGGCUGUGGGCGCGGCGUGGAGGCAGCGGCCCCGCCGCCUUCAGCGCGGGCGAGCGGCUGGAGCUGAAGGAGGCGCUGCGAGGUGCUGUUAAAAUCCCAACUGUUUCUGUGUCUCCAGACGACUUAAAUGCAACGGCCAUGGCAGAGUUUGGGAGGUACAUUCGGGAAGUCUUCCCAGCUGUGUUUUCUUCAAAGUUCAUUCAACAUGAAAUUGUUGGGGAAUACAGCCAUCUCUUUACUGUGCAGGGUUCUAACCCUGAAAUGCUGCCUUACAUGCUGCUCGCGCACAUGGAUGUUGUGCCUGCUCCCCCCGAGGGCUGGGAUUUCCCUCCUUUCUCAGCUGCAGAGCAUGAAGGUUUCAUCUAUGGACGAGGAACGCUGGAUAACAAAAACUCUGCCAUAGGUAUUCUGCAAGCUCUAGAGUUUUUGCUGAGAAGAAACUACAGACCCCGCAGAUCUUUCUAUGUUGGCAUUGGACAUGAUGAAGAGGUGUUUGGUCGGAAGGGAGCAAUGAAGAUUGCAGCUCUGUUGGAAGCCAGGGGAGUGAAACUCUCCUUCUUACUGGAUGAGGGGAGUGCUAUCCUAGAAGGCAUCAUUGCAGGAGUGAAGAAGCCAGUAGCUCUAAUUGCUAUCACAGAAAAGGGUUCAAUAACACUGAACUUCACUGUGGAUAAAGAGCCAGGACAUUCAUCGUUUCCUCCUAAGGAGACAAGUAUUGGCAUUCUUGCGGCAGCAAUGUCCAGACUGGAGCAAAAUCCUAUGCGCAAUCUGUUUGGCCAUGGGCCAGAACUCAUGACUAUGGAGCACCUUGCAUCAGAGUUCAAUUUUCCUCUCAAUAUCGUCAUGAGCAAUCUAUGGCUGUUCUCACCUAUUGUCAGCAGAGUUCUUGCCUGGAAACCUUCCACCAAUGCCUUGAUUCGAACUACUACAGCAGUCACGAUGUUUAACGCGGGAAUCAAGCCAAAUGUCAUCCCAUCUUCUGCAAAAGCAACUGCGAACUUCCGGAUCCAUUCUGCAGAGAAGGCCACUGAGGUGCUAGAGAUAGUUAGAAACACCAUUGCUGAUGACAGAGUGAAGAUUGAUGUAGUAGAGGCCUUUGACCCGCUUCCCGUCAGUCCGUGGGAUGACCAGACGUUUGGAGUCCAUGUUUUUCAAAGAACCAUUCUGGAUACUUUCCCAAAUGUUGACAGUGUAGUCCCAGGCACGUGUAUCGGAAACACAGACAGCAGGCAUUUCACUAACGUCACAAACGCCAUUUAUCGAUUUAACCCACUGAUCUUGCAGUCAGAUGAUCUUCCCAGGAUCCAUGGGUUGAAUGAGAGAAUCUCGGUUGAGAAUUACGAGAAACAGGUCGAGUUUCUCUUUCAGCUGAUUAAGAACUGUGAUAUUGACAAGCUUCCGGAGCCUCACGCAAACUCCCAUGAGCUGUGAGACAAAAGCCUGAGAGGAGCAGCUCCGGAGGUGGACUCUGGGAUGACAGAGGUCUGGGCCGUAAGCAGCAGUUGUGUGUUGCGUAUCAAGCAAUGUCAGGAAUGUGAUUUUACAUAUUGUGGUUGGCACACAGAUGGAAAACCUGCAGGUCGAUGCUUUAGCCAAAUGUACGGUUUGCUGUAAAGCCGUAAGAACAUGGAUAAAACACAACAAAACCCAGACUUCUGUGCCUCCCUGAUCUUACAUGCAGCCAUUAAUCUGAUGGUAUUAAAUUUUUCAGCACUUUCUAUAAUCUUUAAGCCUCUGAAAUAGGUAGUCACUUAAAAAUGUAAGCUAUAAUUUGCAGUCACUUGUACAUCGUUAUAAGAAGCUAAUCUUCCUGUGAGUGCUUUUGACAAACUCCACUUUUACAGUUAAUUGAUUUUCACAAAUGACGUCUGUCAGAAGCUCGUGCAAAAGGUACACGAAGGGGUGUAGGUUUGAUGUAACUGGGUAGAGUUGCACCAAGUUUGUUGCACUGCUGAUGGGGUAGGCUUCUUCCCCAGGUGAUUCUCUGAACCAGCAUUAACAGUGUUGACUUGAUACUGUUCAUUUCUCCCAUGCAUGCACUGAUUUCUGAAAGUAGCUUGAAAUACUGAGCUUCAGGAGUUCUAGCUAUGUUGCUUUACAAUAUGUUGCUCUGAUCUCAGUGGUGCUAAAAACUUUUCUUUCCA